CGAAACUUGUUCGAUUAUCUCGGCAGCCUUCUUGUAUGGCCGUAAUGCGGUUGUUGAUUUUCUUAUACACGGCACGGUGUGAUUGUGUUGUGCAGUUUGUAUGGACCAUGGACAAUCCUACCUUGUGCAGACCUUUUUGUGGACGAAGUAUCUGCCGGGUGAACACGGUAGCUGCCAUUUAUCUAAUGAUCACACAAUGUGAAUUCUACAAUGCAGGUCAAAGAUUGCCCGCCUGGGUCCUCACAUGCAAACGAAGACUCAUUGAGGUAGCCUUUUUACACAAGUUCACAUUUGCUGAGUUGCGUUGGUCACUCACAAUUGCUGCACUUUGCAUCCAAAGCAUGACCAUCCAGAGUUUGCCCUUAUCCUUUUCCCUCAGGCCGACUUCGACAACACACUCGCUGUGCGAAGGCAAGACCUUAUGCAAAGGAUUGACAAUCCACAGAGAGCAGAGGCCCAGCACUCUGGCCUCGGCAGCGGGGAGCCAGCGUUGGUCCCUGUGCUCGAUGUUUGUCUCCUGGGCGGUUUCCCGUCAUCGCUCCCGUGCUCGUCGGCGUGCGGCAGCGGCCACAGACUUUGACAUUGACAUCAUUCAGAAAAAAAAGACCGGAAAGAAGACAGAGGAGGAAGAGGAGACCAAGACAUCGAAGGACAUGUGGGUAGUACUGGUGCAUGCUCCGAUUAGAAACUGCAAGAUGCCGUGGUGCAAAAUCCCUGGGUUGCGGCGCGUGAUUUGCACUUGCCUGAAGGACGGUGUUGAACCUGGGGCUGGAAUCAGAUCCAAGGAUGGGAAGUGUGCCUUGACGCUCGAACAAUAUGCAGAGGUGCUAUCUGAGGGGGUGCCUUUGCUGUCAAGAGGCAAGGCAUAUGAGGUCUCGAGCAGACUCUUUGAAAGUGCCAUGGCAAAUCCAGUUGGCACUGCGGUGGUCAUCAACUCGUUCAAGAAGGCUGCAGAAGAUUAUCACCAACGCCUGACCAACUUGGGUCUUUGGACAUCCAUUGCACCCGUCGAUCGCGACUAGGCCAUGCCUGGUGAAGUACUUGCUUCGCGUGCCCGACUGGCACUUUUGUGGAUGAACAGGAAAGAGACAAGACAAGACCAACACAAGGCUGCUAUUGCAGGCUCCCAAGCAAGACUAAAACAACGAACUUUUCUGUGGGACAAAGGUGCUGUCGCAGCCUGGACAGAAGACUCUGCUGCAUAAGGCAUAAGAUCUCUUGAUGUAAGAUGACUAUGUACAGUCAGCGAGCAGAACCUUUUUGGUUGGACAGAGUGCAGAAGAAAUACACUUCAGACAUUCUACCGGCGCUUGAGAGCAAGAAAGAGCGCAGAGUUGAACUGUAACUGACGAUAAGCUUUUGACAUAUACACCAACAACCUACCAAUAAGCAACAAUUAUAAGUGCGCACGGCAC